AUGCGUCAAAAGUGCGGUUUUUCAAAUUGUCAGCAGUAUCGCAAGGUUGGAAGUGGCAUCCAAUUCUUUAGUCUUCCCCUAAAAGAUCAGGAAGUAUGUUCGAAAUGGUUGGAAGUAAUGGGAAAAGAAAGUAACAAACCCUCUAAGUACACAGCCGUUUGCAGUUUACAUUUUACUGCCGAUGAUUACUUAAAAAGACCUGGCACGUAUGUACAACGUUUAAAACCAAAUGCAGUACCAUCUAUAAUUGUACAAGGGGCUGCACGUAUUAUGCCCAUAGUUAAAGAAGAAAUCAAUGUUACAAACAUUGAUGGGCCAUCAACUAGUUCCAACAAUAUAAUGGACCCGUUAGGAGCCAUUGUACCAUUUGUAGCAGAUAACACAGAUGUAUUGACAGAUUGUAUUGUUUUGCCAAUUGAAUCAGCUGAAAAUAAGCGACAGCUUGAAGUAAAUUCUGAUGACGAACCACUCAAAAAGAAAAAUACCAGUGACACACCACGGAAGGUGAAACUGAAACGCAUUGUGAAGACCCUCCGGCAAAAAAUCUUGCGUAAGGAAAAAAAAAUAAAGAGCAUGAAACAGUUAUUAGGCACGCUGACAACAAUAGUCAAACAGUAG